AUGGCGGAUCCAUACGACGACCCGACCGACAGCGAUGUGGACGAGUCUUUCCUCCCGCCGUUCGCCAACGCCGAGAACAGGGCGCUGGAUCGCGCGAUACGCGAGAAGGAGCGCACGCUGGACGUCAUCGAGGACGAGACCGAGGAGAGCCGGGAUCGCGUCGGCGUCAUGGCCGAACACCUCAAGGCGGUCCAGCAGGAGCUCGUGUUCACGCAAUCGCGGGUGGAAUCCAAGGCGAAAGAGGCGGAGACCGAGCGGCACAUGAAGCGCAUGAGCGAGAUGGCCAUCACGCGGGUCCGCGAGGACAUCAAGCGGAUGGAACGCGAGGAGCUCGACCUGAACGAUAAGACGGUGUCUCUGCAGACGAGCGUGCACCGAGGAAACGAGAAGCUCGAGCAGUUCAAGCUCCUGAUGAACUGGAACCAGGAGGAGCUGGAGCAGUGGGCCACCGCGAGCAAGCAGAAGGAGGAGGAUAACCUCGCGCUCGAGAAGUACCAGCGCGCGGACGAGGCGAGGGUCCGCGAGCUUAACCAGGCGAUUGAGAAGAUGACCAAGGCUGUCCACGCCAAGCGAACGGAGCUGGAGAACGAGGUGACGGACACGCAGACGGCGCAGAUCGAACUCGACCGCGCCGCGGAAGACUUCAGGGCGCUCCACGCGGAGCGCCAGAAUCUCGUUCGGCAGUGGGAGGAUGCCAUCCUCAGCAUGAAACAACGAGAUCACGCCAUCCAGGAGGCUUCCCGCCUGUUUGCGGCUCGAAAGAAGGAGCUGCGAAUUAAGCAGCAGACCCUCGACGAGCGCGCUCGAUUCCUCGACCAGGAGCUCGCGAACAACAAGGAGAUCGACGCCGCGAUCCAAACCACCGAUCGCGGCCUGGGCGCGCUCCGGGAGGAGUACGCCUCGGAGACUACGACCCAGAGGGAGCUUCAGGACGAGGUGGACAUCGUGAAGAACACGCUGGCGAAGGCGGCCGCGGAUCUCGCGCAGGCGGACGCCGGCAACGAGGCGAAGGGCAUGACACUCGCGGAGAAGAGAAAGAAGCUCGAGCGCGCGCGUAAAAAGGUUGACGCCGCCGUUCGCCGGCUCGAGGAGGAGAAGGUUGAACUCAUGAGCCUCGAGGAGAAACAGGCGGAGUUGGAGCGGAUCAUGCGGGACAACGAGUCGGAGCUCGACGCGGUCAUCAAGGAGGGCGCCGCGCACAAGGAACUGCUCGUCAAGUCCAACCAGGAGCUGACCGACUUGCGCGCCAAGGAGAGGGAUCUCGCGUCGCAAAUUGAGGGUGGCCGCUCGCAGAACAAGUCGAUGACGCAGAAGAUCAAAUCGCUCGACGCGCUUGUGCUUCAGCAGCAGGAGAACCUGUACAACAUCGAGUUCCAGAUCCAAGGCCUGGAGCGCAAGGUUGCGAGGGCGGGCGGGCUGCGAUCGGACGAGGAGAGCAGGGUCAUGAACGCGAAGAUUGCGGCGAUUCAGGCUGUUCUCGACGAGCGCACCGCUGAGUUUGACAUUCUCACCUCGUCGGUCAAGCGAGCGGAGGACGACUUGGCGCACGCCAAGCGCAAGAACAACGACCUGAAAAAGUCCGCGAAGCAGGUGGCGGAUGAGCUUCACGAGGUCAACUUGGAAUCGGACACAACCGCGAAGGCUGUCAAGGAGGCUGUGAAGGAGAAGGAGGACAGGAUGGUGGCUCACGACGUUUUAAAACUCGAGGUCAAGAGAUUGAGGGACCAGCUCAACGCUCGUGCCGACGAGGUGUUUUCGCUGGAGAACCGCAAGAUGCAGCUGCAGCUCAGCAUGGAGGAGCGGAAGCACGAGGUCGAGGUGCACCGCGAGCUGCUCGCGGCGCAGCUGAAGAUGGUGCAGGAGGAUAUCCAUCGUGCCACGCUCGAGAUGCGGGAGCGCGCUAUGAAGGUGGGCCGGCUUCAGAACAAGUUCGACAUCCUCGUCAACAAGGUGAAGCGCGAGGAAGGGGAGGAGCACUCGCAGGCGUACUACGUGAUCAAGGCUGCGCAGGAGAGGGAAGAGAUGCAGCACAAGGGCGACACCCUGGAUGCCAAGAUUCGUAAAGCUGAAAAGGAGGUCAAGGCGCUCGAGGCGACUCUCGAGAAGAUGAACGGGAAGAACAACGACUUCCGGGCGUCGACCAGGAAGGCUUCCGAUGAGGGAGACCUGCUCGCUACGCGCGCGGCGCUCAGGGAGAAGCUCGACGCGGCGUACGAGAAGAUGAAGGCGGCGAAAGACGAGGAGACAGCGCUGAGGAGGGACCUGGAUCGGCACGACCAACGGCUCAACGCUCUUCACGACGAGGCGGGGGCUCUCAACGGAUCCCUCGACCACCUCGAGACGCUCGCGGGAACCUCCGAGGAAACGCUGCGCCAGGCGGCCACGACCGCGGAGAGCAUCGCCGAGAGGCUCGCGGAGGCGCGGGACGAGUACAGGCGGCGCGCGGGCGUUCCCUUGGACGACGACGGCGCGGUUGGAAUAGAGGAGCUCGACCUGCGAACGCAAGAGCUCCGAGAGGGGACGCGAGUCGUAGUCAGCGAGCUCAAGUCGGUCGCGUCGAGGCACCCGGAACUGGCUAGCAUGCUCGCGUCGUACGGGGUGAGGCUUCCGGGCGGCGAGGCGGUCGGCGCGUGAAGUGAACGAGUCGUAGCGAGCGAACGUCGGUGAACAAAAGACGAGGAUAAACU